UGUGCUUAUUGUUUUGGUGUUGAUUAUAGUGUUUACAUUUUCCUUGGAUUCUGACCUGGAUUUUGGUUUUUAUUUGCUAUUUUUAGGUUCCUGUUGGAAGGGCUACCCUUGGUCGUAUCAUGAACGUCAUUGGAGAGCCCAUUGACCAUAGAGGCGAUAUCAGCACCGAUCACUUUCUGCCCAUUCACAGAGAAGCUCCUGCCUUUGUUGAGCAAGCAACGGAGCAGCAGAUCCUUGUUACUGGAAUCAAGGUCGUCGACCUUCUUGCUCCCUACCAAAGAGGAGGAAAGAUUGGGUUGUUCGGUGGUGCUGGUGUUGGAAAAACUGUGCUUAUUAUGGAACUUAUCAACAACGUUGCUAAGGCUCACGGUGGUUUCUCUGUGUUUGCUGGUGUUGGAGAACGUACUCGCGAGGGUAAUGACUUGUACAGGGAAAUGAUUGAGAGUGGUGUCAUUAAGCUAGGUGAAAAGCAGGUACCGACUCUGCAUCAGGACUGGGGUGAUGUUUGCUAGAUCUUAAUACGGUAUAAAAUUUGGUUGUUUAGUUCUUCAUAGAACCAACAAGCACAACAAGCGAGUUUAGCAAGUUUUCCAUUUCUUCAGGUGCUACUUCAUAUAGUGUAUUACAUUUCAAGAACGCUUAACGUUUAUGAAAUGUGAUUGUUGUGGCAUGUGAAUGUCAAUUUCUUUCAUAAGGACAUUGGAAUUAGGUUGCUUUCUUA